GCAUCUAGUGGGUAGAGGCCGGGGAUGCUGCUAACAUCCCGCAGCUCUACACAGGACAGCCCCCACACGCGACAAAGGAUGAUCCAGCCCCAAUGUCACUAGCGUCGAGGUUGAGAAGCCCUGGUUUGCAGCCGUGGCCCAUCUCCCUGCAGGGACUUUUCUAGCAAGAAGCUCACAGUGGAGCUGGAAAGACAGGAAGAGCCUAACAAGAAAAAAGACAAUCUCAGUCCCCCUCAUCCCAGCAUGGGAGACUGGGUGCCUAACACUUGUCAGUCACUUCAGUUAAUCCCUUUAGAGAGGAGGGGACUGAGCCCCAGGGAGAGAGGCAGCUUCCUGAAACAGGUCCUUCUCUCUCUCCUCCUACCCGCCAAGCCAGCGUUUCCCUAUAUGCCAUCAACAUCACUGCAGUGGUGUUCAGUGUCUUCCAGGCAUAUGCUCAACAGUGUCUAUUUGUUGUGUCAUUUAGUCCCCAUGACAGCCCUGUCAGGUUGGUCCUCUUAGCAUCCCCAUUUUACAGAUGAGGAAACCGAGGCACAGACUGGUUAAGCAACUCACCCCAGGUCACACAGCCGUACUCAUAAUAACAACAGGAACUAACUUUAUGGAGAACCUAGUACGUCCCAGGUCCUGCCCUCCACGAGCCUGUUGAAUCCUGAUAACAAGCAGAGGUGGCAGUUGGUGGCAUUUCUCCACACAAUGAAGAGGAAACUGGCUCUUGAUGGGGGUCACCCAGCUCAGCAGGCCUGGAGCUCGAUCUUCACUUGGUUCAUUGGUGCAGGAACAGUAUUUCCCAAGCCUGGUCUCUGUGCCACUCAGUGUUCCGGGAGCUGGGGAUACAGCAGUGGGGAAAAAGCCAGGUCGUGCCUGUGGGGAGGCAGCGUCCUGCCGGGGAGAAAGACCAUCAGCAGAACAGUAAAUAUACACAAUCAUGUCCGGGAGACAAGCGUGCUGCAAAGAAUGACGAAGCCGACCGAGUGGGUGGCGGGAGCUGAGGGGUAGAUCUCUAAGACAGGGUGGUCAGGGAAGGGGAAAGGAGAUAGAGGCAGAGGGAACAGCAAGUGCAAGGGCCUGAGAAGGGGCAGUGCCAGGCGAGCUCGAGGACCCGCGAGGAGGCCAGUGUGUCUGGGGUGGAGAGAGCAGUGUGGUGCGCCACGAGGGCGCCGGCAGGUUCAGAGCCUGCAGGGCCUUGAGAGCUGUGCUGAGGACUUUGCCUUGACUCUGAGUGGGAUGGAAGCCAGGGAGGGCUCUGAGCAGGGAGGCAUGCGAUCUAACUCGAGUCCUACCAGGUCCUCUGGCUGUGUGUGGGGACAGACUGGCGGGGGUUAGGGGGUGAAGGCGAGGCACGAAGUGAUGGUUCCUGGACCAAGAUGUUGGCAGUGGAAAGGCCAGGACAAUGCAGACUCCGCUGACCAUUCCCAUGCCUGUGCUCCGGCUCCCCCGGGGUCCUGAUGGCUGGAGCCGAGGCUUCGCCCCCGGCGGACGCAGGGCCCCCCUGAAGCCAGAGGUUCCUGGAACCCCGGAGUCUCCCAUGGUUCAAGAAUCUCAGGAAUCCCAGGAACAGCGGGCCCGAGCAGCCCUUCGGGAACGCUACCUCCGCAGCCUGCUGGCCAUGGUGGGCCGCCCUGUGAGCUUCACAUUGCACGAGGGCGUGCACGUGACUGCUUACUUCGGGGCCACCGACCUGGACGUGGCCAACUUCUACGUGUCGCAGCUGCAGACUCCGAUAGGUGUGCAGGCCGAGGCGCUGCUCCGCUGUAGUGACAUCAUUGCAUACACCUUCAAGCCGUAAAGACACUAUGAUGUUCUGCCUGAGGCCUGGCCACAGGAUCCCGGCCCUCCGAAUGUUCCUGAGCCCAGAACUCUGGGCCCCAUAGAGUUCGGAACUCCCUGGUUAUUUUGAGCCAAGCUCCAAGCAACUCCGGCUCCUUGGAACCUCCAGGGUCUAGUCAGUAAAAUUCUGCACCAGGAGUUCCAGAUCGUGUUGAAAGGAAAGCUCUACCUCGCAGAACUCUAAGCUCGACAGAAAUAUGGGCCUCCUGCCAGUUCCUGAAGAGUGGGGCGGGGGAGAGGGGAAUAAGGGAAGGCAAAUCGCAGAGUGGUUAACUGUUGAUUAAAGAAGUUGCAAAGUUCA